AUGCAAGAAAUUCAAGAAGUACUUGAUGAACGUCAAAAUAAUCUUGAUAGUCUCCUUGCUCAUAAUCAAGUUAACACAUCGUUAGGCGAACCAUUUGCAUUCGAAUCUGAAAUUGAUACGAAUACGUAUCCAGUUGAUUUGCCACCCAGAUUGAUGAAUGAAUCUUCUCAGCCAAUCAAUGAACCAGAUACGAAUCUAUCAAAUGAAAUCGAUUCUCAUACGCAGACAAACUCUUCUUGGCUCUCAAGAAAGAAUCCAAUCAAAAUCAAAAAAGAAUUGAUUACACCACCAAAAGCAAAACGUCGACAGUCCAAUGUUAAACGCAACACGACAUCAGCGGAAACACCAUUACGUCAAAUGACAUUGACACAGUUAUUUGAUCCUGCUCCAUCACCUAGAAAUUCCUCUCCAGUUAAACGAGAACCAGAAACACCAGAUAAUGAUACGACAACAUUUAUGCCUGAAUCAUUGAUUGGUUUAGCUCAACUAUCAGAUGAUGAAGAUCAACCAUUGCCAUCUCAUCGAUCACUACUCAAACGAAAAGCUACUUCUUCACCUUCACCUACUCGCGACAUAUCUCAACCAGUAACGACAGACGAAGAAGAAAACGUUCAAAAUAAUGCGAUUCUUCAAUCGCCUUAUUCUGGUAUUGAAAGCGAAGAACUACUCUACGCAUGUCCAAUGUGUCGUAAUUAUUGGCUUGGUUUGCCUGAAGAACUUCGUCAUAAGCAGGGCUUAACCUGUCGGCAUCGACAACGACCAGUCGCUCGUACUCCUGAACACUUUUGGUCGUUAGGUAUCCCAAGCACGCAAACAUGCAUAGAAAGAGGAUAUGGUGGUGUUCUCCCUCCAGAUAAACCAAUCGAACGACCAAGACGUCCAAGGAGACAACAUCAACGGCAAUUACAAGAACAACAACAAAAUCAUCGUCGAGAGCAAGAUAGUGAAGAAGAGUGA